CCUGUGUACCCAGUUAAUAUUACUCCUCAUUCACAGCACUUAGCUGCCUUUACUUCCUGCCCACUAACCACCCACGACAGCAAAUAUGCUGAUUUGUAUUUAUGUAUCUGGCGCUGUGGAAAGUGCGUCUGAGGGCGGGAUGACCAAGAUGGCGUGCGUACUGGAGCCUCCGCUCCGGAUGAGCGUGCUGUCCGAGGUCACUGCAAGCAGUCGCCAUUAUGUGGACCGUCUCUUUGAUCCAGAUCCUCAGAAAGUGCUCCAAGGAGUUGUAGAUAUGAAAAAUGCAGUGAUUGGAAACAAUAAACAGAAAGCCAAUCUCAUUGUUCUGGGUGCAGUGCCAAGGCUGUUGUAUUUACUUCAGCAAGAGACCUCGAGUUCUGAUCUAAGAACUGAAUGUGCUGUGGUUCUGGGUAGCUUGUCCAUGGGCACAGAAAACAAUGUGAAAUCACUGCUAGACUGCCACAUCAUCCCAGCCUUGUUGCAAGGGUUGCUUUCAGCAGACCUUCGAUUUAUUGAAGCAUGCUUGCGAUGUCUACGUACAAUCUUUACAAGUCCAGUUACUCCAGUGGAACUUUUAUAUACCGAUGCUACAGUUAUUCCGCACCUGAUGUUGUUGCUUGGCAGAUCUCUGUAUGCUCAGGAAUAUAUCUGUCAGAUAUUCGCACACUGUUGCAAGUACUGGUUGAUGGAGAGUUGUUGCCACAGAUCUUUGUAAGGAUGUUACAGAGAGACAAACCCAUUGAAAUGCAGUUGACGGCUGCAAAAUGCUUAACGUACAUGUGCCGAGCGGGGUCUAUUAGAACGGAUGACAACUGUAUUGUGCUAAAAACUCUUCCAUGUUUGGUUCGAAUGUGCAACAAAGAGCGACUUUUAGAGGAAAGAGUGGAAGGUGCAGAAACUCUGGCAUAUUUGAUUGAACCUGAUGUAGAGUUGCAGAGAAUUGCUAGCAUUACAGACCACCUUAUUUCUAUGCUGGCCGAUUACUUCAAAUACCCAAACUCUGUCAGCGCAAUUACAGACAUCAAAAGGCUUGACCAUGAUUUAAAACAUGCCCAUGAACUUCGCCAGGCUGCCUUUAAGCUAUAUGCCUCCCUUGGAGCCAAUGAUGAAGACAUCCGGAAGAAGAUCAUUGAGGCUGAGCAUAUGAUGGACCGGAUUGUGAAUGGCUUAUCUGAGACUAGUGUCAAGGUGCGAUUAGCUGCAGUCAGAUGUUUACACAGUUUGUCCAGAUCUGUGCAGCAGCUUCGGACGAGCUUUCAAGAUCAUGCAGUUUGGAAACCUUUAAUGAAGGUGUUGCAGAAUGCCCCCGAUGAUGUCUUAGUGGUUGCUUCUUCAACUUUAUGUAAUCUACUCCUGGAGUUCUGUCCUAGUAAAGAGCCUAUUCUGGAGUCUGGAGCGGUGGACUUGCUUUGUAGUUUGACUCUUAGUGAAAAUCCUGCUCUCCGGGUGAAUGGGAUUUGGGCCCUAAUGAACAUGGCGUUUCAAGCAGACCAGAAGAUAAAGUCUGACAUCCUAAGGGGAUUGAGCACAGAGCAGCUGUUCCGACUGUUGUCUGAUCCUGAUGUCAACGUACUGAUGAAAACGCUGGGUCUACUACGAAAUUUGCUCUCAACUCGCCCUCACAUAGACCAGAUAAUGAGCACCCAUGGGAAGCAGAUAAUGCAGGCUGUGACUUUUAUCCUUGAAGGGGAGCAUAACAUUGAAGUUAAAGAGCAGACAUUGUGUAUUCUCGCCAACAUAGCAGAUGGCACAACAGCUAAAGACCUCAUCAUGACAAAUGACGACAUCCUACAGAAAAUUAAGUAUUACGUGGGUCAUUCCAAUCUAAAACUUCAGCUUGCUGCCAUGUUUUGCAUAGCAAACCUCACUUGGAAUGAAGAGGAAGGUUCGCAAGAACGUCAGGAUAAGCUACGUGAAAUUGGGAUUGUUGAUAUCCUCCACAAACUGAGUCAGUCAACAGAUCCAAACCUAUGUGACAAGGCAAAAACAGCACUACAGCAAUACUUUGCAUGAUCUUGGGAAAGACCUUACAGCCCCUUUCCCUCACCACACAUACUGUAUCUUUCUCCCUCACCUCCCUGAUGGCUAUGGAUGAACGAGAAGCAAGUCUUUUUUAUUAGUAAGUGCACAGAGUCACCUUGAAUUUUUUUUUUUUUUUUGCUCCAUGCAGCAUCUAGUGCAGAAUUAACGCUGCUGUAGGAGAAAGGACUACUUUUUUUAACCCCUUCCGGCCCUAAAGGGGUUUUACUAGUAUUAUUUUUCUUUUUAUAUUUUGGGACUUUUCUGAGCUACUAUGGAUUUUUUAUCCUAUUGCUGCAACUUAUUUGUGUGCGUGGCUAAAUACCUCAACUCCUUCUUCGUUAUACACACGCCUCCAAGACUUCUGCACAAGCGUGUGGAUUCCCUUAUUCUUUUUGUUUUUCCCAGGGCGAAGAAUUUGCUGUGUAGAACAUUUACGUUUUAUACAGUUUGUAUAAUGUUAUUUAAUAAAAAUGUAUAAAUAUAAAUAUAUAUAUAUAAAUAUACAUGCACAAAAUGUGCAAGAAAUAAGUGCCCCUAAAGUUUAUGUUAAAUUUUCGAGUAUACAGAUAUUUGUAAGUAAAACAUAUGCACUUCUGAAGUGAGUCUUUUGUAUAUACUUUGGGUUUUCUACAGAUAUAUUGGUGAUUGUUUUGCCUAUUACAACAAAGCUGAAUUAAUUAAAUUUCCUUUUUUCCUUA